AUUUUUGAGUGCGAUUCAGCUUUUCGGAAGCUCAAUAGUGCACCUGAUGACGGCUCACUGGAGGUCCUCACGCUAGUUAUUUCUAUCGCUAUAAUGCCUUAUGUAAGUUCUGCGAUGCCUCUGGGUCCAAGCUUGGUCGAUUUGAGGACUUCGCAUACUUGCGCCCCACCAACGCCGAGGAAUGUAUCCCUUUGAAUAAGGCAACUUGCCCCGAUGUUACGACCGCCUCCAUCACUGAUUGACAAACAGCGUUGGUGUUUAUUUGGGGACCAUUCACGUUUGUCGAACGAAACAAACAUAUAUUGCAUAUGUACAGCGCAAUCAGGUGCUUUGAAAGAAGUCGACAAGACCGAAUCAACCAUCAGCGCCGCGCUCUCCUCUCCAGGUGUUCGGUCAUAGCAUCACACGAUGACGGGCUUUGAUCGCACUUCAGAACCUGUCCGACAGCUAUCUAGCAAUGUUCUGCCAGACCACGAGAGUAUCAAACAAUCAAACCUCGCCAGAGGUGGCUCACGCAUUGGACGACCAUCGUGCACGACGACUUUCGGUAUCGAGUUCGAAUUUGUCCUGGCAUUCCAGGAAGAUCUGCUGAUAUCGGUGAUGCCGGAACACAAUAUCGAUGCGACUAUUGUGAAAGACUUGACGGAUUAUCAGCACCGGAAUCUCCUAGGGAGAUAUGCAAGACAUCCCAUCGACAACCCAGCCUGGGAUGGAAGGCUCCGUUACCCUUCCUGGGCGCUGCACGUUCCCGAAAGUGACGUGGUUUGCGAAGCAGCACUACAUCGAGACAUGUUUGUCAGCAGUAUUUCACGAGGCAAGCAAUGGUUGCGAAGAUAUGUUAUGGAACCACUUCUGGUGGCCCGGAGAUGCCUGGAGUCAGCUGGGCUCAACUGCAACGCUAUCGGAUGGAUCGAACCCGGUUUUCACCCCCUUGACGACUGUAAAGAGGCAUUGAUAUCAUCUGCAAGCGGCAGUAUAAUCCUACGAAGCAGCAACGUCGACUACACAGCAUGGACGAUAACAAACGACCAUACUCUCGUGGGCGCACUUCGGAGUCAGUUAUCGGACCGUUUGAUUUUGAGAGGUGUUUCUGUGGACCAGGUGCCGCACUGGGACAGUGCAGGGAUUGAGGUCCUUUCUCCUGUCUUCAGACUGGAGGAAAAGGAAAAUGCAUUUCGACAAAUCCAGAGAUAUAUGGUUGCCUUCGAAGGAAAGCAGACAUGCAUGAUGGAGUCAGUGUGGGCCAGCACCCAUGUACACAUCGGAUUCGACUUUGGGAGACCGGCAGACAUGCCUAUGUCACUGCUGCAACAUCUUGCGUACAUUCUCGUCAUGCACGAAGACCUGCUGGCUAAGUGCCACCCGAGAAGCAGGUCCGGAAUCGGGCGUCCAAGGCAAGUUGACCCAGUCACUUUGGAUGACGAAGAUUCCGCUCCCGAAGAGGACGCGUUCACUGUGACCACGCCGCCACCCACCGACGAGCAACUGGACAUGGAAAACGAGCGCAUUGUGCUUGCUAUUGAAGCGGAGUAUACUGGAGGCGAUAAUAUUGAAUCCAACGCUCGAUAUCUGCGAAAUCAGUUGCAAUCCCAGAGUCCUCGAAGUCUGUCGGAUGCUACCAGAAAUGCCAUUUUCAGGGCAAAUGGUGACAUUUUCGACCUCGUCAAGCUCUUACAAAGACCCAAGGACCCUUUGAUUCCCGACGGCCACAGACACCGUGGAUAUAUAUAUAACUUUGCCAAUUUGUGGGCUCUUGCCAAAAACGAGACACCCUGGAAGCCGAUCAAGCCUACUGUCGAAUUCCGACAACAUGCCUGUACGACGGAUAUCCUGGUUAUCAAGCACUGGGUUACUCUACUUGAAGCUAUUGUCAGGAUGGCCGAGAGCAAGGCCACUUCCACCAUGCGAGGCAACGGUACGUUCGCAGAAAGAGAAGCAGGCAAGUACCCGUCAUCGUGGCCGUAUAACAGCAUGCGCGAAUUCUGCGUGACGUUCUUGGGCCUCAGCGUGGAAGAGGGCAUGUAUUGGCAAAGUAGCUCGAGAACCGAAGGUCUACCCCUGGCCAGUUGACUUAUCAUGGCAUUCUUUCCCGUGCGGGAUCGUGUCGGCUUACACCUUCAAGAUGUCGAAACGAACAGGAUCAGAGUGCUCUCCCUGCUGGGCUCGGUCAAAAGAAGCGGCUUGUGCAGCCACUGCCCUAUCAGAGAACACAUUACUGGUGUGGACGAGGUCCGCGGCAUACACGCAAGUCCUGAAGAGAUUUUGCAAUUGGAACGACGUGAUGCACGGAUACGCCGCAAGGCCUGUAUCAGAGGUGCGGUGUAAUCUGUCACGAUAGUCACGAUGUCGAUCGCUAUGUUCAACUACCCGGAGCUGGAGCCGACCGACGCCAAUGGACAGGAGAUCGCCCCUACCAUCAAGGAUGAGGAGCCCGCCAACGACCAGCACGCGAUUGAAGAAGCAUAGAGUGC